UCCUCACUUCCUCUCUUUCACCCUGCUCUCACCUCCUCUUGGCUGUGGAAGUAAACUCGGCACCACUACCACCACCACCACCACCACUCCUCCAUCCAUCUCCAGCUCUUCUCUCUCUAGCUUCUUCCUUCUUUCAUGGCAGGAAAGGCUGGGGUGAUGAUGCCCAUGAGGCCAUCCAUUUUGACCCAUGCCAUCCUGGACCUAUAUACAUACUCGUAGGCACACACUUGCAAUCUCUACUUGCUGCUGCCGCUGCUGCUGUGAGGUCUCUUCCUCUUCCUCUUCCUCUUCUUCUCCCUCCUCUCAUCUCACUGCUUUUGCCUGCAAAGCUUUUGCUUUGUUUUAGGUGCUUCUUUUCCACUCCUUUACUGUUCCCCCACUUUUGCUUGCUUUGUCACGCACACGAAAAGCUCCUGCCUUUACCUUCCCGGACCUUAUCUCCGGGGAGCCCCCCCUCGUAGUGGGAUUUGGUGGCAGCUUCGCUACUCGCCUCUCGCGUUUCUUUGCUCGAUUGGGGGGCUUCCUGCGCGUUCUUGGCUCGGAAUUCCGGCUUCUUGGUGGACAAUUGCGGGGUUGCGAGGUGCGGGGGAGCACAGAUCUUUGAGGAAUUUUCACGGGGGGGAGAUGAACUGCGGGCCUCCCGACCAGCUGCCGCCGGCGACGGCGCCGUCGUGCUUCCUCAACCUCAACUGGGACCAGUCCAUGGACGCGGCCGGCGGGCACCUCGACCCGGCGCUCAGCUCCAUGGUCUCCUCCCCGGCGGCGUCCAACUCGACGGCCGCGCCCGACGGCCUCGCUCUCCACGGGAUCUCGCCGCAGACGCACUACGGCGGCACGCCCCUCAGCUCGCCUCCCAAGCUCAACCUGUCCAUGAUGGGGCAGUUCCACCACUACCCGCCACAGGUGGGCGGCGCCGGAGCCGGAGCCGGCGGCCUGCCAAUCCUGGAGAACUUGAUGCCCAUGGGCCCCCUGGACCAGUUCCUCGCCGACCCGGGCUUCGCGGAGCGUGCCGCGAGGCUCUCCGGCUUUGACGCCCGCGGCGGUGGCGGAGGCUACGGCGGCGCCGGCCCUGCGCAAUUCGGCCUCCCCGACGCCGGCCCGGCAGGCGCAUCGAAAGAUAUGGAGCUCGGGAACACCCGCGACGAGUCGUCGGUGUCUGAUCCGGCGCCCGGCGGCGCCGAGAUUCCACCAAAGGGGGCUUCCGACGGCAAUGCACGGAAGCGAAAGGCCUCCGGGAAGGGCAAAGGCAAGGACAGCCCCAUGUCCACCUCCGCCGCGAAGGAGGAUUCCGGCGGGAAGCGGUGCAAGUCGACGGAGGAGAGCAAUGCCGCCGCCGAGGAGAAUUCCGGCAAGGGGAAGGCCGCGCAGAGCAACAGCGAGAAUGGCGGCGGCAAGAAGCAAGGGAAGGACAGCUCGUCGAAGCCCCCCGAGCCGCCCAAGGACUACAUCCAUGUCCGCGCCCGGCGCGGUGAGGCGACGGACAGUCACAGCCUCGCCGAGAGGGUGAGAAGAGAAAAGAUCAGCCAGAGGAUGAAGCUGCUGCAGGAUCUUGUGCCGGGUUGUAACAAGGUGGUUGGCAAAGCUGUCAUGCUCGAUGAAAUCAUAAACUAUGUUCAGUCGUUGCAACGGCAAGUUGAGUUUCUGUCCAUGAAGUUGGCCACCGUGAAUCCCCAGCUAGACUUCAACAAUUUGCCUAACCUCCUUCCUAAAGAUAUGCACCAGUCAUGCAGCCCAUUGCAGAGCUCGCAUUUUCCAUUAGAGACCUCAGGUGCCCCGCUGCCCUACAUUAACCAGCCUCAGCAAGGGAACCCUCUCGGUUGUGGCCUGACGAAUGGCAUGGACAACCAGGGUUCUAUGCACCCAUUGGACCCGGCAUUUUGCCGGACGAUGGGUUCACAUCAUCCUUUCCUCAAUGGGGUUAGCGAUGCUGCCUCUCAGGUUGGGGCUUUCUGGCAAGAUGAUCUGCAAAGUGUUGUUCAGAUGGAUAUGGGGCAAAGCCAGGAGAUCGCCACCUCCUCCAAUAGCUACAAUGGUAGGAUCGUUGCAAACAGUCCACAUGAAAAUGGAGCUUUGACAUAACCGAAUAAAAGUUCGAUCCAAAGCUCUGACGCCCAUUGUACAUAAAGAGAAGUCAGCUUGCCGCGGCAGCACUCUGAGAUUCAACCUAACAAUGUUGGGCCCUAGCAGUGUUUUAGCCUUCUAAUUCCCAUCUUGGUGUAAUGAUUCUUUGAACAAAAUGAAACGCACCAUGUACGGUAGUCGGGUGUAGUAUAUAUACGUAUGCUACAGGAUCGUACAUAGGUCGGUGCAGUAUAUGCUUCGGUCAGACCCUUACCCUCUCAAGCAGAGAGGGACGACGUGUAAUAUCAUUAUUUGUAUUCUCAUUAUAUUUGUAGCUGAUAUAUAUCAUAAGAUCCUUCUUCCUGUCCUUGGAUCACCUUAAGCUGAAGUUCCCCCCUUUUUUU